AAUGUUCGUAUCAAUGGCUGGCAACUUGACAUUGGCGGGCCGCGCUUGUCGCUGUUAACAGCCACUGACGCGCACCGCGCACGUAAUCGCGUGCGCUUCAAAUCGUCCUCCCGAGAUCGCUCCGCGGGAGGAAACGCGCGACGCGAUAGGCGUUUUUCGCUGGUAAUCGCGGGGAGCGCAUCCCGUGCGGAAAAAGAGACGCGCGGCGUCUCUCGCUCUCCCGCGGUCAUGGUCCACGCCGUCGGGCUGCCCUCGCGGGAUCGAUGAGGCGCGUCGCGUGGAGGUUAUAUCGCGGAAAAUGACCCGGCGCAACGUGCCCUGCAGGAUCGUCACGGUGCUCGCGGUGAUGCUCGAGAUCUCGGCCACCAGGCAUUGGUACGUCACGGAGAAUGGGAGGAUUCAGCCGCAGCACGACAGUGUCUUCGAUAUGCGUCGACCGUACGACCUUCUGGGAUUCCUGGAGCAGGAGAGACGCAGGGAAUCGGCUGACGCUAUAUACAAGAAGAUCUCGAGGAAGGAGGUGUCCAUUGACAAUCAGUUUGUCGGCCUAGGCUUGGCCGACGCAGAGAGCUCCAACUCGGACUGCUUCUCGUGGGACAAGUCGUUGGCCGACGUCGAUGUGCACGCUAGUCUAGUGGUCGAUUACAGGCUUAAAGAUGGGAUAGACCAAACUGAUUACAUGCUAUAUAACGUGGUGGCUAACAGUAAACAAACAGUGCCGGAUUGUCGGAGAACGUUCCCGUUGGAUUUCAGUAUAUAUACGUUCGAACAUCUGAAAGCGAUGCAGAACCGAAAGAAUCUCACGCAGCGCGAGGAACUCGACUUGAUGAAGUACCUGCCGUUGAACACCGAUCUCAAUCAGUUCGGCCAUCAGCUCGCCUACAGCUUGUCUCGCAACAGCACCUCCUGGAUAUACCUGAAUCUUGCGUCGAUUUAUUGGCGGAUCAGGGGAGACGCUUACAAUGCUUUAGAGUGCAGUCGUAGGGCGAUUGUGUGCGCGCCAAGGCAAUAUCGCGAUAUUCCUCUCCUGACCACCGCCGGCAUUUUACACGCUGCGAGAUAUUCCGGCGAGGCCGCGAUUAUUUUGCACGCGGCGAUAGAUCAUAAUCCGACAGAGAGCCAUCACCAUCUGGCGCUGGGCCACGUUUACGCAGCUCUCGGUGACUUCGACCGGUCCGCGGCGUGCUACGAUAAUUGUCUGAGGCUGGCGCCCGACACGAUGGAGGCCAAACAGAUGAAGUACGCCAUAUUGUGUCAUCGUUUUUUGGAAACGUCUUUGCUGCUGUUCGAUCAGCGCCUGCGGAAUGUGUUGUCGGAAAUACAUGCGUAUCACGACUGGAAGGAGGAGUGGUUGAAACUCUACGAGCAUAUGCUCUGGGAGCAAAAUAUUAAAUCUGCUACCAGAGAGAUCAAGCUCGCUUUUGUGCGAGAGCAGAAUCUGCACUUGCUCGCGAUAAAUCCGGUUGAAAGGUCGAUUCAUCACAUUGACAAUAACAUCGUACUGUCUUACACGGAUUUAGGAGACAGGAAGAAAAUGGCUGAGAACAUGCUGCAGAACGUCCACGUUAGUCUUCAUCUGUUGAAAAAUCUGCAAAAACAAGUAAAGGAGCGUAGUAAUCGUAUCACGAAAGACACGAUGACGGAAUUAAACGCGGAGUAUAAUAAUUUGUUUGCGUCACCGACGAAGAGUCCAAAGUAUCACAAUGUGGAAAUUAAGAAGGGAAAUAAAGAUUUUGAAGCUGAUCACUGGCCAAAGAUAUCCGACUGUGAUAGUUCUAUGCUAAUGUUUGGAGACGGAAAGCAAUAUUUGCCUAUUUACUUGUCGCCUGAAAACAAAGGUUACGCAACACAUUUGUUUGUAAAUGAAUUGAUUGAUAUAGAGCCAUGGAAGAAGCAUCCAUUGCCAUGGCAUCCACCAAUAUGCCAUUCGCCUGAAUCGUUUAACGAGAAAUACAUUGCACAUACGUUACUAGAUGCGACUAUGCAGCAGCAUUUACCGGACGCUUCUCUGAAACCAUUUCUACAUAAUUUAGUUCAAACCGCGGACUUGGCAGAAAUUGGUCAAAGGAUUUUGACGGCAACUGAAGCGAAAGUAGCAGCUCCAUGGGUAUUGUCUAUGCUGGCAUCUUUACAUUGGAGAAUUGUAGGGAAACCUCGUUUGGCCUUGGAUUGCCUUCAAUUAGCAUUAGAAAAUGUUCCUAAAGAAUUUAAGGAUGUACCUUUAGUCAGUAUAGCUUCGAUACACCAUAAAGUAGGUUUAAUUGACGACGCUUUAAGAAUUGCGGACAAAGCUUUGCGAAUUAAUGCUGUGGAGCCAAUGACUAAUUUCUUGUUUGCUAUAUUAUUGAAUAUAAAAGGAAAUUAUACAGGAGCUAUACAUUACUUGAAACAAGCAUUAAGGGUGGAUUCACAUUUAUAUGACGGUAAGGCAUUAAUGUUAUUGAAAACAUUAGCCUGUCGCGAAAAAUUUAAUGUUAUCACGGGUAAUUAUCCAGGCUGUGAAGAACAAAGAAUUAAUUUACACAAACAUUCUAUGAACCUGCCUUCUGUAUUACUUAAUAAGUAUAACUUGCAAGCAAGUGAUACAUUUUUGCGUAAACGGCAAGUCAAGAAUUGUAAUAUUAAGUAUGUUUCAACAAAGACAGAAGAAAGAGCAGGGAUGAAUUGUUGGAGUAACCACAAAAUUGGAUUAUUGGACGUAUCAUACUACAGUAAGAAAGUACAUGUGCGCCAAGGUCUUAUACAUUCGUUAUUACUUCCUAAUAGCGCAACUAAACUGCAUGAGCCACAUGUGCAUAUGGCCAGAAUUUCAGAUAAUGAUAUGCUAUAUACAUACGCCGAUUCAUCGUUUGAUAUGACAUCUGACAAUCAAAAGGAGUCAUAUUAUCCAAAUAAGGAUGAGUGCGACGAGCUUAAAUAUGAAGACUGGGCUGCUUCUUUAUUCGUAUUUCAUAAAUUUAUACGGCGCAAUGUGACCAUCGAAGACGAGAUCGAAUCAUUGGGCAAUGAUGUUCCGAACUUACAGCCAAUAUGUAAUAAGAGUAAUUCUGAAAUGAGUCGUGUAACGGAGGUGGUGCAAUUCUCGCAGUUGCUGCAAUACAAAGCUGAGCUCGAUAUGGCCGAGUGGCUGAUGAUGAUAAGUGGAACGCAGAAUGAUACUUUGCAAGGACUCGGAACCAAAAUCGCGUUUGCUUUGCAAAAGCAUUACUCUUCUUGGACCUUGGCGAUAGCUGCAUCGUUUUAUUGGCGCGUGGCAGGCGAUAGUCGCAAAGCGCUGGAUUGUAUGUGGCAAAGCCUAGAGAACACCCCGAAGGAUAUGCAAGACAUACUUCUUGUGAACCUGGCGUCUUUACUCAGUUCGCAGAAUUAUUUCCACGAGGCCCUCGAAAUUGCUCAGAUAGCACUCUCAAUUGGUCCGGACUUCAUAAUCAAUCAUUAUGUUGUCGCCAAUCUUCAUGCUGCUUUGGGUGACUUCGAAACUGCUGCAAGCUUCUACAGAUCUUCACUUGAACUCGAUCCGAACUUCGAGCCAGCUAUUACGAGGUUACGCGUAAUACUAUGUUUCUUGUUGUUUGACGAUAAAAAAUUUGCAAUGAGUGAGAUAUUGCGGAAUAUUUUGUGAAACUACCUUUUGCAAAUCGUUAAUGCGAAGUAAUUUAAUGAAAGUGCCUUUACAUUGUUAACGUGAGAUAUGAGGAAGAAUACAUGUUACAGUAUUAUAAACCAUGAAAAAGUAAUAUUAUAGGCUACAUUAUUAUGUGUACUGCAACUAUAUAAUUUUAAAAUGAGAAAAAAAUAAUUGGGCGAUGACGCAAAUAUUUGUUAAAUUAUUACAGAAAUUUUGCGGUUUAAUAAGAUAUAUUUUUACAUCGAAUUUCUACAUGUGGCAUCGGUGUUUCAAAUAGACCAGAUUAAAAAAAAUGAGCACAUUUCUAGAUGUAUUAUUUAAAUUAUCUGUUAUAGAUAUUGUUUAUUCUCACAAAUGUGAUAACUUCUUGUUGUAUCAGUGAUCAUGAAUAUGUUAUUGAAAAAGCAUUAAAUAAAAAUGAAUUUUGCAAUGA